AUGGCUGAAUGCGUUUGCGACGACAUAAAAUACCUGAAGAAAGUAAUUAUCGAGUUGAAAGAUACAGCAUCGACACAGUCCUGCCCUGAUCGUUGCCCAACAAAAAACUCAAACACAACUAAAAUAAAAGCCCCCGAGAAGAGAAUUAUAAAACGCCGAAAAGUUUCUUUCGAAAACAAGCGAGAAUAUGACCCCAGCCUCUACUAA